GAUCACACAGCUUUUUUUCGCACUUCGCUGUCUGAGGUUCUGGUUCUCUGUGUUUGCGGACCACACAGCAUCAUCUCUUUGGGAAGAAUGGAUCAUCAAGGGCAUGGCCAGAACCCAUCAAUGGGAGUUGUUGGAAGUGGAGCUCAGUUAGCAUAUGGCUCUAAUCCAUAUCAGCCAAGCCAAAUAAGUGGAGCCCCAGGGUCAGUGGUGACGUCAGUUGGGACCAUUCCAUCUGCUGGUCAACCUGCUGGAGCUCAGCUGGGACAGCAUCAACUUGCUUAUCAGCAUAUUCAUCAACAACAACAGCACCAGCUUCAGCAACAGCUUCAACAAUUUUGGUCCAGUCAAUAUCAAGAAAUUGAGAAGGUUACUGAUUUCAAAAACCACAGUCUUCCUCUGGCAAGGAUCAAGAAGAUUAUGAAGGCUGAUGAGGAUGUUAGAAUGAUAUCAGCUGAGGCACCUGUCAUAUUUGCAAGGGCAUGUGAAAUGUUCAUUUUAGAGUUAACCCUGCGCUCUUGGAAUCACACUGAAGAGAACAAAAGGAGAACACUUCAAAAGAAUGAUAUCGCUGCAGCAAUCACAAGGACUGAUAUCUUUGAUUUCUUGGUUGACAUUGUGCCUCGUGAGGACCUGAAAGAUGAGGUUCUUGCAUCAAUCCCAAGAGGAACAAUGCCUGUUGCAGGGCCUGCUGAUGCACUUCCUUACUGCUAUAUGCCACCUCAGCAUGCGCCCCAAGUUGGAACUGCUGGUGUCAUAAUGGGCAAGCCUGUGAUGGACCCAAAUAUGUAUGCUCAGCAGUCUCAUCCUUACAUGGCACCGCAAAUGUGGCCACAGCCACCAGAGCAACGUCCAUCAUCUCCAGAACAUUAGCCGCUGUGUCAUAGAAAUUAAGAUUACCGGGCACUGGAAUCAGUUGAUAGUGUCAAACUGAAUGGUUGGGAAGGUCCAUAGCAAUCAGAAAGUGUAGGCUGAUAGUUUACAUGCAAUGCAAACUAUAAACAUAUGUAGAUAAUGUGCUAGGGAAAACUUAACCUUAUCUUUGAUUUAGUUGGGUAAAUUGUUAUUUUUCAUGGUUUAAUUUAUAGGUUGUCAGGUGAUAAUAUUUACUUACAGGUGCAUAGCUGGAUUUUUACUUUUAACUUUGUCAUGCACUUAAUAUAUGUGCCAUCUUUUCAU